AUGACAGAAACAACAGAAAACCCUCCUCCUCAAGAAAUAUUUAAGGUUGUGUUAGUAGGAGAUGAAAAGACUGGCAAAUCACAAUUACUUAGCAGAGUCACUUAGGAUUAAUUUGACGAAACCUAUAGAUCUACAAUUGGUUGUGAGUUUGGGACCAAGACUUAUGAGAUAAAUAACCGAUUUAUAAAGCUACAAUUGUGGGAUACUGCUGGACAAUAAAGAUUUGCUUCAAUUUCAAGAGCCUACUAUCGAGGAGCAAAUGCUAUAAUACUAUGUUACGAUAUUACAAAUGCAGACUCAUUCAACAGUUUAGAAUAAAAACUUAAAGAAGCUUAAGAAAUCGAAGAAAAUGUGAAAUCCAUUAUUGUAAUGGGAUGUAAAAAUGACUUAGAGGAUCAAAGAUAGGUUACUAUUCAGUCAGGAUAAGAAUAUGCGAAUUCAAAUAACGCUUAAUUCUUUGAAGUAUCAGCUCUCAACUCAAAUUCUGUGCAUGCAGCUUUUAAUGAAAUCAUGAAUAGUUUGAUAAGUUGA